AUGGCACCAGCUAAUCCUGCGACUCCACAAACAGAGAGCGCCAAACUUUUAGAGCAAGAAUCUGUCAAGAGCUUUUUGAAUAGCGAUGGAUCAUUAGAUGUUCUCUUGGCCCGUCUAAAACAAUCGAUAAACACAGGUGAUGAGAUUGCCAAAUAUGUUAAGAAGAGAGCCAUGAUUGAAGACGAACAUUACGGUCAAUUGAAAAAAUCAGCCAUGAACAUUCGAGCUACUUACAAAAACAAAAAUGUCAAGCAUGAUGUGUUCAGCAACAAGUUAGAUCAAGUGAUUGAAUUCGAUGAAAAACUUUAUGGGGUAGGGUCUUCAUAUGUUAAGGCUUUGAAUGUCAUGAAUGAAGAACUCGUAUCAUUGGUUGGUACAGUCUCAAGAACAAGGAAAUCAAUCAAGGAAGAAUGCAAAAGGAAGGAAAGAGACUGCGCAGACUCUGUAGCUCUAGCUGAGAAGGCAAAGCAAAAAUACUAUCAUUUGUGCGAUGACUUGGAGAAAAUUAAAUCAUCAGACCCACAAAAGAAGUCUUUUUUGAAAAAUAAAACAGCUGAACAACAAGAGGAUGAAUUACAACGAAAGGUGGACUUGGCAGAUCAGGAUUACAGGCUGAAGGUCAAUGCAUGCAAAAAAUUAAGGGAUGAGAUGCUCAUGAUCCAUAGACCCACAAACACAAAGAAAUUAAUGAACUUGAUCUUGGAAAAUGGACAUUGCUAUGAAUGUUCAGUUGCAGAAGUUUUGCGACGUGGACUGAAACACUUAAUAUGA